AUGCCGUUCGAAGAGAUCUUAAAGUUUAUCGAAGAUAGCAUAAUACACAAAGCACUGACAGAUCAACACAAAUGUUACGAGUCACAUGUGAGGGCAUUCUGGAACUCAUCACAUUAUGAAGAAACCGACAAAGCGAUACAUUCUGCAGUAAAAAUUAAGGACGAGAACGGGAAAUAUAUAGAUGUGGCAGUUAAAUUCACAGUUGGCGAUAUUCGAAGGGUUUUGGAUUUUAAAGAUAAAGACGAAGAUCUAAUAAUUAUUACCGAAAGAUUGUGCGAAGGUUUAUGGAUGAGAAUGGGCUACACAGGGUUUGUAAACGACCAAGCUUACACAAAGUCAAAGUUGUCAAAGCCCUACAAGUUCUUUGUUCACUCAGUUAUUCACGCAUUAGGGCACAUAAAGGGAGCUUAUGAUGAAUCGGUAGAUUACAUUAUGAACAUAAUCACGUGUUUAAUUCUGAACAGACCAUAUAACAUAUCACAAGUGAUCUUCAAUCAUAUGUUGGAUAACAUCAAAGGUGAAUGUUUCUUGCAAUGUCCAAGGUUUGUGCAUAUGUUAUUAAACGAUCAGAUUCCAAACUUGCUGAAGGUUGAUGGUGACGAGCUGAAGUUAAUUCAUAUGGAUAACGAGACCUUGAAGAGGUUAGAUGUUUAUAGAGGAAUUGAAGAAGGAAAAGAACCAAAGUUUAGAAAGAAGUUUGCUGCGAUAGAGAAAGCAGAUUAUCAGGCCCUAGAAGAUGAUAAAUGGAGGCAUGAUAACAGUGGUUCUGAUGAUGAAACAAAGAAGAUGGAGCAGUUUGUGCCUAAGAAGACUAGGUGGUGGGUGAAGAAAGAUGAGAAGCAGAAAAAGGAAACUCCAACUCCACGAACACCAAAAGCUGUAACACCUAAAGCUGCACCAAAGAAGAAGAAAUCACCUCCACAUCUUGUUGAUGAACCUGAUGCUAAUGUUGAAGCUGCAGCAGGUGGUGAGAAAAGCGGCAAAAACAUUGAGGCUAUGAAAGAGACGUUAGUUAAAGGUGAGGUGCAUUCAGAUUCAAGUGAAACUGAAAGUGACAUAGAGGUUACAAAGAUGGCACCAACAUCGUAUGUUAGCGGGAAAUUCAGAAUGAAAGGUCCUUCCAGAAAGAAGAAAGGUUCUGAUGAAGGAGAUGCUACUUACGAGCCUUCAGCUUCUGAGAAAGAAAAGUUAAAGAAGACUAAAGGUUUAAGGAAGCAUAAAGCUCAGCCAACAGGUGAUGUUUUGAGAAAGCAGAAAGCUAGAAAGAUUACAACUUCUAAUCCUGAACAGAUUCCGGAAGUUGAAAGGGUUGAAAAUGUUGAAGUGGAGAUUCCUGUCCAAAGCGAAUUCAGAAUGGCUACACCUCCAGCUUCUCCAACUCCAGAAUCAAUUCCAGUUCAAGUAGAAGUUCAUGUUACAACACCUGAGCAACCUGCAAAGACUGUUGAAGAACCGAGAUCUACUACAAAGAAAAUUCCAACUCCCAGGCAAGAAGGUUCAAGUUCAGGUUUUCCAAAAGUUCCAUCAAACCUUGAUGCUGCUCCAAUAGGGUUAGAAGACUUUGGAGAUUUCUUUAAUGAUGCAAAAGUCAAUGAAUUGUCAAAGAAAGUUGCAGUGUUGGAGAAAUCAAAAGUAGAAACUGAGGAGAAUUUGAAGCAGGUUGAAGCAGAAAAUGUCGUUCUCAAGAAUGAGAUACUAGCUAUGCAAGAUCAGAUUGAAGAUGUCAAAGCUGGUAACAAUGCAUUAAAUGAAGCAAUUGAUGAGCUGCUAGUUGAGAAUUGUGAUUUGAAUGAGGCAAACACGACAAUAAGCAAUGCCAAUGAGAUAUUGCAAAAGGAGAUAAAAGAUCUGAAAGUUAAAGAUGAGAACAAGUCAAAGCAGAUAGAAAUGUUGUAUGUUGUGAUAGAAGACAAACUUGGCAUCAAUGUUCAUGCGGCUUUCGAUGAGAUUGAAAUCCGAAUAGCUGAGGCUCGGAGGAUGGAGAAAGAGCAGAAAGAUGCUGAAGAAACCGUCGAAGCUUUAAAGGAUAAAGGAAAGGGUGUUGUAGUUGAUACUGAAGAAAUUCUUGGAUCAUCUAGUCAACAAGAGCAACCACAACUAGAUGCUGAAGUUAAUGUUGCAAAUGUUGCGGUUAAUGUUGCAGAUGUUGAAAGAGCUAUCGUUCUUGCACAACAGUUUAUACGUGUAGGUGAGACGAUAGAUGUUCCUUACAAUGAAGAAGAAACAAAGAGGCGUGAUGAGAUAAAACGUCAAAAAGAAAAGAAAAAGGAUAUGAAAGUUGACGAAGAGGAUGAAGAAGAUGAUGAAAAGGAUAAAGAGUCAGAAGAUUGGUUUGAUGAUAUUGAUAAUUAUCAUGGUGAUGAUGAUAAUGAUGAUGAUGACGAUUAG